AUGAUCCAAAAGUUGAUUGACGCUGGGGAUCUCAAGCAAUAUGUCCAGAAAGCAGAAACCGAUGACGGGACAAAACGAAACAACCAAGUUCAAUUACCUGAGGGUAAUCGAACACUCAACACCAUUUCAUGCUCCGAGCCUAACGGACCCUCACUGACUUCCCAGAUAGGGAAAAGAUUGAGAAAACAAUUUGAGGACUACUGUGAGCUAUACAAGAUUGACGGAAUUGAAGUUGACGAGCAUGAAGAAUGGAUGAAUGCACCGAUGACAUUCGACGCCGAAGAUGUCGAAGAAGAUAUGGAGGACCACAACGAUCCCUUAGUUCUCACUUUACCAGUAGAAGGAUGCAACGUCAAGAAGACCUUGAUUGACGGAGGAAGCUCAGUCAAUGUCCUUUUUUAUGAUACCUUCAAACGAAUGGAAUUGAAUGAUGAGCAACUGAUGUCUUCUUAUUAUACCAUCUACGGGUUCAACGGCGCACCUACGAAGCCUUUAGGAGACAUCGUCUUAGAAGUCAAAGCAGGACCUAUGAAGGUAAGCACCAGAUUUAGUGUGGUGGACGCUCCAUCCCCUUACAAUGCCAUCAUCGGACGAAGGUGGGUACACAAUAUCAAGGGAAUAGCGGCCACGUAUCACCAAUACCUUAGAUUCCCGACACCUGAAGGGGUAAUGGAGAUCAAAGGUGAUCAAGUCACAGCCCGAGAAUUCCAGGCCUUGCAAAACCAGCUUAACAACGAGCAGGAAGAGAAACGCAGGGCACGAAGAAGCAAGAACAAGGCAGCUGCCAAGGAUAAGGCGAUCGAUCUGUAUCUCGAAAAUAUCUCUAGAAAAAGCCUAAUGAGGGACAACACCAUCGUCAAUACCGAAGCAAGCGCCUCAGGGGCAGCGGUGGCUGAAGAGCCUAACAAAUAG